AUGCUACAACGGGUUAAGUAUCUCCAGGCCGUUCAGCAGCGGCUGUUCAGCACUACGGCGUCGGCGCUCAAAACAUCGUCGACCUCUUUUGUGAAAGAAACAGACCCAUACACGGUUACAACGUAUUCUAGACCACCAAUUGUGUUCACCCACGGUAAAGGAUGUCAUUUAUGGGAUAUGGAAGGAAAGGAGUAUAUCGAUUUUUCUGCUGGAAUUGCAGUCACUGCUUUGGGACAUUCGCAUCCAGAAAUUGCCAAGAUCAUGUACGACCAAGCAAAUACCUUGAUUCACAGCUCAAACCUGAUUUACAACCAAUGGACAGGAGAGCUGAGCAAGCAGUUGGUUACCAAGACGUUGGAAUCUGGCGGAAUGAAGAACGCAUCUCGUGUGUUUUUGGCCAACUCAGGUACUGAGGCCAACGAGGCUGCCUUGAAAUUUGCUAGAAAGUACGGAAAGUCUAUUUCUGAUGAUAAGAUUGAGUUUAUCACUUUUGAGCACUCUUUCCAUGGCAGAACUAUGGGAUCCCUUUCUGUGACGCCAAACCCAAAAUACCAAAAGCCUUUCACUCCUCUUGUUCCAGGUGUCAAGGUUGCCAAGCCAAACGAUAUCAAGUCUGUGGAGCAGGUCAUUUCGGACAAAACCUGUGGUGUUAUAAUUGAGCCUGUUCAAGGAGAAGGUGGAAUCUUCCCUAUGAACGCUGAAUUUAUGACCCAAUUGAGAGAACUCUGUGACAAGCACAAGGUCAUUUUGAUCUACGACGAGAUCCAAUGUGGGCUGGGCAGAUCCGGCCGUCUCUGGGCUCACUCCAAGCUCCCAGAAACGGCUCAUCCAGAUAUCGUGACCAUGGCCAAGGCUCUUGGAAACGGAUUCCCAAUCGGAGCCACUAUGAUCACCGAGGCUGUUGAGAAAACUCUCAAUGUGGGAGAUCACGGUACAACUUACGGUGGAAACCCAUUGGGAGCCAGAAUUGGAUUGUAUGUUUUGGACCAGGUCUCCAACUUUGACUUUUUGAGACAGGUUGAAGAAAAGUCUGAGCUUUUCAAGGUGAAGCUCAGCGAGCUGAGCGAGAAGUUUCCUGAACAGAUCAAGGAGAUUAGAGGAGAGGGACUGUUGCUUGGUGUCGAGUUCAACCAGUCACCAGCCGAUAUUGUGGCUAAAGCAAGAGAUUUGGGUCUACUUGUUAUUACAGCAGGAAACAACGUUAUUCGGUUUGUUCCUGCUCUCAACAUUGACGACGCCGAUAUCAUCAAGGGGAUUGAGAUUCUUGAAAAAGCGCUUGAAGAGACCUUCACCAAAUAG